CUCCCGAGUGACAGCGUACAGCGACGUAUGAGCUUUGCAUUGGCCCAGAAACAGCUCGUGUGGCUCCGGCUUGUAAAUCACUCGAAGUAAGCACGAGCCGUCGAUCCGACGCCCGCCGCUACGCGAAAAAUAGAUAUAGUUUGAUGUUGCUCCGGAAAUAUUCGAGAUAAUAGAAAACUGCCACUGCUCGAACGGCUCUGAGCAAGUAACCACGCCCCGCGCCCUCUGUUUGCCUGGAACUGAUACCGAGUGACGAUGCCGAUGUACGAGCGGCCACCGUUUUGGCGAGUACCCCACCAGCGCGCAGAUCCUGGAAGUGAGCCCAGGGACUUCGGACAGAGGCGACCAGUGACACCGGGUACUCCCGCUGGCAAAGAGCUGGUCCGUGGAGACAUCAUUGCCAAAAUCGACGACUACGACGCACGCGACCUGCGACACGAAGAUGCACAGAAUCUCUUCAGGAAUGCACCGAAACAGAUCAAGCUUGUAGUGCAAAGGGGCGGAGCUAGUGCACACCUGUACUCGUUGCCUCGGUCUCCCGGCAGCUUUGUAGGCCGCGUGCCCACGCCUACCUUCUAUCACGAAUUCGCUGAGGACGUGGACCGAGACGGGCCGCGCUCGACCACCCCGAUGGCGCCACGAUCACCGAUACCCAUGGCGGCUGCAGCACCAUACAGGACACCGAGCCCGCAGCCAGGCUGGCGUGGACCCGAGUCUCUGCCCCGCACUCCAGUCCCGCCGCACGGUCCCGCGGGACCGGCCGGCCUGCCGCACUACAGCUACCCCUUGCAACUGGAGGGCGAGUACAGGACAUUAAUGCUCUCACCGUCUUCCACACGCACUGACGACACGCUUGACGAGUCUAUUCAGAGCCAGCCAUACCGCACGACACCUCUGGUCCUGCCCGGCGCGAAGGUACGACGUGAGCCUGGACCCACGGAGAGCUACCUGCGUCACCACCCCAACCCCGCCAUGCGUGCGCCUCCCAGCCACGACUACCGCGACACCCUCAUGAGACAGAAGGUGGCAGAGUCGGUGUUGCAGCGAGUGGUUGGCGAAGAAGGGAACAAGGUGGUGCACAAGCAGUUCAACUCGCCGAUCAAUCUAUACUCGGAACAGAACAUCGCUAACUCUAUCAGGCAACAGACCUCGCCGUUGCCCGCUAACGGCCAUUACGGGCGGCCGCACGUUGUCAAGAGUCACAAGCCCACCGUCCAGUACGACCCCGCGCGCUCCGAGACCUUCCGCGCGCUGCAGGAGGACGGCAUCACCGGCGACCUGCACGAGGUGCCCACGCCCGUCACGCCCAAGGUCUUCACCGCGCCCGCCAACAAGAAGCCAGUUCCGAGACCAAUUAAGCCUGAAGAGAAGCCGAAAGGAAAACAAACGACCUUCGUGAACUCCUUACACGAAGAGCACAUUCAACAGUCGAACUCAUUCAAACGCCUGAUGUACAACGUGCUCGGUGACACGGAGUUCUAGCCGCGCAUCGCUCGCACGCGAAACACUACCGUCAUAGGGCUAUGUUCCUAACCAUUGUGGCAAACAAACAACUGUAAAACAUUCGCCAUAUCUCUUAAAAGUCAAAUUGAAUAAAAAACGAACCGUCCUCAGUCACUUCGCAAUAUUAUACUCUUGCGAUCCGUGUAGACUGUAUUCCUAAUGACCUAGUUUGUCGUCAUAGUACAAUGGACUGAUUUUUAUAAUGGUUUUACGGCGGUUAGCUGCAGGCGCCAGACAAUAUUAGACGUAAUGACUUGUUGGGUUAGCAACGAUAAGACUAACAAAAUUAAUUUUAGGAAGCUAUUGUAAUAUGCUCCUGGCAGUGUGUAAUAUUAUUUUUCGGUGGAUUUAAUUAUUCUAAUACUCGAGUAUUAGUGAUAUAAUUUAUAUUUACAUUAAGUAGAAAUGUAAUGUUUAUUUACUAAGUGUUGAUUUUCUGUUUGAACAGAAAUAUAUUGUUUAUGAAUACUUAUGAGAAAUGUUGAGUGUACAGUCUAGUCACUGCGAUCAGAGCUCCGGUCGUACCCACGAGAAUGAAAUUCGAUCAACCUUAAAUAAAUAAUUUAUUUUUAUUAA